CCCUACACAAAGCUUUCAUCUUUUUGUCUUUGCUUCAACACUCACCAUAGACACAGCUGACGGCCGAAUAGCUCUCUCUUCUUGCUUGCAGAAACAAUGGCCCCCAAAACCAAAUCCCGCUUAGUAGACCAGCCUCCUUCUGCAUCGUCCUCUGAAGAACAAGAACUGGUGGAGGAAUCCCAGGAAGAAGAAGAACAACAAUCGGGGGAGGAAGAAGGAGAAGAAAAUGAAGAACCCAAGACAGCUCAUCCAGUUGUAAAGAGAUCCCUCACUCAGAAACUCCAAUUUUCUUCUGAGUCCGGCAGCGAGAAUGGGUCAGGAUCCGAAUCGGAAGCCGAAUCGGGCCAUUCCCUGCCUUCCCCUUCUGCAUCGGACUUCACUGUCAACCCCAGUGUUCCUGCUAAAGCUGCUCCCCCAUCGAAAUCAGUAGCAAAGAGGCCGCAAGAGGCCCAGAAAGAAAAAGGGAGGAAGAAGCCCAAGAUUGUAGAAGAAGAGGAGAAAAAAUCAGCUGCUACUCCUCGCUUUCUUUGGAGCGAUGACGACCAGCUUGCUCUGCUCAAAGGGAUUGCUGAAUACAAGGCGGUAGAAGGAAUGGAACCUAAAGCCGAUAUGUCUGCGUUUCAUGAAUUCAUCAGAGGGAAGUUGCAGGUUGAAGUUUCAAAGAGUCAACUCAGUGAAAAGCUAAAGAGGUUAAAGAAGAAAUUUUUGAGUAAUGUGAAAGGUGGCGAGGAGCCAGUUUUCAUGAAGGGUCAGGAUUUUUUAGUUUUUCAGCAUUCAAAGAGGAUUUGGGGUGCCCCUGGAACUAGUAAUGGAGUUAAGGAGAUUGUUACCAAUAGCACUAAUGGCAAAGCUAAAAAGGCUGUUGAGGUUAAGAUGAGUUCUGAACCUAAGAAAAGUGCUAAAGUUAGCAAACCCAAGGAUGAUGAGAAUCAUAAGGAAGCUGUAAAGGAGGUGGUUAAGGAGGAUAUAGUUAAGGGUGAUCAACAGGAUUUCCAGUCCGAAUAUCCACGAUUGGCUGCAUCAUUUGAAAGUAUGGCUGGCAUGUCUACAAUGUAUCCAAAUGGUACUAGUUUUUUGAAGGAGAACAUGAGUUUGAUUGCUACUGACAAGGCUAAAGUGUUGGAGGAGAAGUGGAAGAAACUGGAGGAUGACGAAGCUGCCUUGAUGGUGAAGCGCUUAGAUUUGAUUGCGGAGCAUUACAGAUUGGUGGUUGAUGCAAUGAGAGGUAACUAGAUGCUGGUGGAUCAUGUUUCUAUUGGAUGCUACAAGUUUUGAUACUGUUUCGGUUGAGUCUUAGAUUUUGUUUCAUAUAUUCUUGUUUCUCAAGACAAUUCCUUCUCGCGUUGAUGUACUUAUGUUUAGUCCGCGAGGUAGAUUUAGUUUAUCAGGUUUAUUCCUACAUUUUAUUGCUUAUUUAGUUUUACUAGUGAACUGGUUUGGAUGAUAUCCGCUGUGUUGCUUCUUAUAUAUGUUAGUGUGGUAUGGAGUGAUUGGCUCUAUUGUUGAAUUGCAAUGAAAUGCCUACACAUUCCUAUCAUAUGAUGUAUGGUGGAAACAAGCUUAGGAACAGCUGAAGUGGAAUGUCUGGAGACAUUCUGGUUCAUCCUUUGUAAUAUGUCAUUUCCUAUUCCAGAUGGAAAUAUAUUUAAAUGCGAUCAUUCUCAGUUUUUGCAGUUU